AUGGCCCUCUUGAGCCUCAUCGACAACCGCCCUGCCGUUGCUGUUUUCCUGGACCUGGAGAAAGCGUUCGAGCUUGCCAGCGCUCACGUUAUCCUGGCCGCGCUCGUGCGGAAGGGCAUCCAAGAACGGCUCAUCUCCUGGAUUGAGGACUAUCUCCAGCACAGGCGCACCAGAGUCAGGUUCCAAGGGCUGCACUCUGGCUAUCGAGAGCUAGAAAACGGCACGCCACAGGGCGGAAUCCUCAGUCCCUCCCUCUUCAACAUGCUGAUGGACCAGCUGGUCAGCCUGCCGUUCCGGGAGGGCACCGCACUUCUCAGCUACGCCGACGACCUUGUAUUGGUCGUCACAGGCCGCGGCAACAAGGUCGCCAGUGCCCAGCAGGCCCUUGAUCUUGUCAGCGAGAAGUGCAGGGAGCUGGGUCUCAAGAUCUCAGCUGAGAAGUCCAGGGCCAUGAUGUUCAAGGCCGCCUCCCCCGGACGCCCAACUCCUCAUACAAGACCGGAAGUGGAUCGAAGUCAUCCAAUGCUUGGGGCGCCGGGCUGGGCCAGCAGCUGUGUAAUGCAGAGCGAGACCUGCCUUGUGCCCCUGGCCAGCAGGUUCCAGCAGAUCGUUGCCUGCCGAGUGGCCAAGGUCCUCCACCAAGACAGGGAGUCGGUGGGACGAGUGGAGCUCUGCAGAGUCUUGCCACAACGGCGGGACCUGUUCACCGGCAAGACCUGGCUGUCGAAGGUGGCCGAGGCUGCCAGCCCCCUACCCCAUUUCGACCACCUGCGGCGGGAGGGGCCUGACCGUCCAGCCACCGACUACGUCGCCCCACCUCCGUGGCAGCCCCCCACCGCCGAGAUCAUCAUAAGAGACCUGCCUGCCAGCAAGGCGCUGUGCACACAGGGGGAACUCUUACAGCACGCGCUCAUGGUGGUGGCUCAUGCCAACGUGGGGAGCUGUGCCGUCUACUACACCGACGGCUCAGUCGACACAGAGAGAGGUGCGACAGGCGCAGCGGUUGUUACCGGAGGAGAGACGCUGUCGUGGAGGACGCCAGACCACUGCUCCACCUUGCAAACCGAGCUGCUGGCCAUCAAGCAUGCCUUGGAGCACGCCCUGCAGCACCGGGAGGGGCCUAUCGUGCUGCAAACCGACUCCCGCUCCUCUCUGCAGGUCCUGCAGCAAUGGCGUCCACCAGCUGACAACGUGCGGCUCAUCAUCACCAUCCUAGGCCUCACCCAGAGCAUCGCCGCACAGGGGCGGCACGUCAAACUCAACUGGGGGCCCAGCUACGUAGGCCUGUGCGGGAACGAGGCAGCUGACGCAGCAGCCCGUGCAGCUACAAGCAAGCCAGCCGUAACCAGCAAGGUCGUGCCCAGCCUGCAGUAG